AUGACCGCUACUUGGAAAAGAUUAAUCAGAUUCGUCGCUCAAGACGGAAAGAUCUACAGAGGUGAACCUAUCGUCUCUGAUGCUGAAUAUGAUGUUGGUAAGCAAUUCUUGCAAGGAAAGCUUAUCAAGGCCAAGGUUGUCACUGGUGACAUCUUUGAUGAUGCUGUUGUGACCGACGAAGUUAAGGAAGUAAAGACUUUGUUGGGUCCACUUACUCCAGACGAUGUACCCAUGGUAAAAUGUAUCGGUUUGAACUAUAUGAAACAUAUCCAAGAAGGUGGAAGAACCCCACCACCAUACCCAUCUGUUUUUUACAAAACCCGUUUCAGUGUGGCUGACUUUGGUGAAGACAUUCCAAUUCCUAAGAUUGCUCAAUCUAAGGUUGACUACGAAGGUGAAUUGUGUAUUGUUAUCGGCAAGACAGGUAAGAACAUCAAAGAAGAAGAAGCAUUGAGCUACGUUGCUGGUUACGUUGCUGGUAACGACGUUUCUGCUCGUAACUGGCAAAAGGAUCCAGAGUUCGCAGGUGGUGUUCCACAAUGGUGUUUCUCUAAGAGUUUUGAUAAGUACGCUCCUUUGGGUCCAGCCUUGGUUUCUACUCAAGUGAUCCAAAACCCAGGCACUCUUAACUUGCAAACUACAGUCAACGGUGAAGUGCGUCAAGACACUAACACCAACGAUCUUUUGUUCGGAGUUCCAAGAAUCAUUUCUUUCAUUUCCCAAAACACUACUUUGGAAAAGGGAACUGUCAUUAUGACCGGUACCCCAAGUGGUGUUGCCAUGGGUAUGAAGCCAGCCCCUGUCUACCUUAAGAAUGGUGACAUUGUUGAAGUCGCUAUCGAACAAAUCGGUACCGUUUCUAACAAGAUGGCCUUUGAGUAA